GCUAUGUAUAGCUUCCUAGUUCUUAUGGCAAUUUAUGUUAACCAUCACUUCCUUCUUCACAUUCUUCUUAUCUUUGAAAGUAAAUAGCUUGGUCUAGAAGACAAUGGAAAAUUCUUCCUCAAAUUCCUUCAACCAUGGUUGGACUUAUGAUGUGUUUAUAAGUUUCUACGGCGAUGACACUCGUUACAGUUUCACAGGAUACCUUUAUAAUACCUUGUGCCAAAAGGGAAUCAACACUUUCAAAGAUGACAUCAAACUUAAGAAAGGAGAAGAGAUUUCAACAGAUCUUCUCCAAGCAAUUGAUGAAUCUAGGAUUGCUAUCAUUGUUUGUUCAGAAAACUAUGCAUCCUCACCUUGGUGUCUUGAUGAACUUGUCAAGAUCAUGGAGUGUAAGGAAGAAAAGGGACAAUUGGUUUGUAUAGUUUUCUUCUAUGUUGAUCCUUCAAAUGUAAGGCAUCAAAGGAAAAGUUUUGCAAGGUCAAUGGCUAAGCAUGAAGAAAAUCCCAAAAUUAGUGAAGAAAAAAUAAGUAAAUGGAGAAGUGCACUCUCAAAAGCAGCAAAUUUAUCAGGAUGGCAUUUCAAACAUGGGUAUGAAUAUGAAUUAAUUCAAGAGAUCACAGAAGAAAUGUCUAGGAAAUUAAAUCUUACCCCUUUACACAUAGCUGAUCAUCCAGUUGGAUUGAAUUACAAAAUUUCACAAAUAAUGUCACUUCUAGAAAACAAGUCUAAUGAUGAUGAUGAUGUUGAUGUUUGCAUGGUUGGAAUUUGUGGAAUUGGUGGCAUUGGUAAAACAACACUGGCUAGAGCAGUAUAUAACUCAAUGUCUAGAAAAUUUGAUAGUUCAAGUUUUGUUGUUGAUGUAAGAGAGAAUUCAAUGAAACAUGGUCUAGUACACUUGCAAGAGACCCUUUUGCUUCAUUUGCUAUUUGAAAAUAUCAAAUUGGAUGAUGUGAGCAAAGGAAUUCCUAUAAUAAAAAGACGGCUUCGCAACAAAAAGGUACUUCUGAUUCUCGAUGACGUCGAUAAUCUUCAACAGUUAAGAUCAUUGGUCGGAAGACGUGAUUGGUUUGGUUUUGGAAGUAAGAUCAUCAUAACAACAAGAGAUAAACAUUUGCUAGCUGCUCAUGGAGUUAAAAAGUUAUAUGAAGUGAAAGAACUGAAUGAUCAUGAAUCUCUAGAACUGUUUAGUAUGAAUGCUUUUAGAAAAAAUGUACCUGAUGCAAGUUAUGGGGAGAUAGUAAAAUGUGUAGUGCAAUAUGCAAAAGGCCAUCCAUUAGCUUUGAAUGUAAUAGGUUCAGAUUUAUUUGGCAAAACAGUUGAAGAAUGGAAAAGUGCAUUGAAUAAAUAUGAAACAAUUCCAAACAAGGAGAUUCUGAAUGUCCUUAAAGUAAGCUAUGACAAUUUGGAUGAUAAUGAAAAGGAAAUUUUCCUUGACAUUGCUUGUUUCUUCAAAGGAUAUCCGAAGGCCGAUGUAGAAAAGACACUAGAUGCAAGUCGCUUUUAUUCGAAGUAUGGCAUUGGAGUACUUGUUGACAAAUCUCUUGUAACAAUCAGUGAAUCCAAUUCAGUAAAGAUGCAUGAUCUUAUAGAAGACCUAGGUAAAGACAUUGCUCGAAAGGAGUCGCCGUUUGAUCCGAGCAAACGAAGAAGAUUAUGGCAUCAUGAGGAUGUUCUUGAAGUCUUGACAGAAAAUAUGGGGACUGAUACAAUUGAAGGCAUUGUAUUGGACAUGCCUAACCUAAAACAAGAAGUUCAGUUAAAAGCCAACACCUUUGAUGAUAUGAAAAGGCUUAGAAUCCUGAUAGUUAGGAAUGGACAAGUUUCUGGAGCCCCUCAAAAUCUUCCAAAUAAUUUGAGAUUGCUUGAAUGGAACAAAUAUCCUUUAACAUCUCUACCUGAUAGUUUUCAUCCAAAGACACUUGUUGUACUAAACUUGCCAAAGAGUCAUAUUACAAUGGACGAGCCAUUUAAGAAGUUUGAGCACUUAACUUUUAUGAACUUCAGUGAUUGUGACUCUCUAACAAAACUACCUGAUGUAUCUGCAACCCCAAAUCUAACAAGAAUUCUUGUUAAUAAUUGUGAAAACUUGGUUGACAUUCAUGAAUCUAUUGGAGAUCUUGACAAACUAGUCACAUUGAGUACUGAAGGAUGCCCUAAUCUCAAGAGUUUUCCGCGUGGCCUGAGAUCAAAAUAUCUCGAAUACCUUAAUCUUAGAAAGUGUUCUAGCAUUGAUAAUUUCCCAGAUGUAUUGGCAAAAGUGGAAAAUAUGAAAAAUAUUGACAUAGGAGGGACAGCCAUAAAAAAAUUUCCAAGUUCAAUUGAAAACUUCAAAGGUCUUGAAGAAUUAGUAUUGACAUCAUGCUCCAAUGUUGAGGAUCUACCUAGUAACACAGAUAUGUUUCAAAACAUUGACGAGCUUAAUGUGGAAGGAUGUCCCCAACUUCCAAAACUUCUAUGGAAGUCAUUGGAAAACAGAACUACUGACUGGCUUCCAAAGUUAAGUAAUCUAAGUCUCAAAAAUUGCAAUCUAUCAGAUGAAGAUCUUGAGUUAAUUCUCAAAUGUUUUCUACAAUUAAAGUGGUUGAUCCUAUCAGAUAACAAUUUCUUGACCAUUCCUGUGUGCAUUAAAGACCUUUCUCAUCUCUUGCUUCUUAACAUAGAAAACUGCAAGCAUCUUAGAGAUAUUUCAGUGCUUCCACCAUAUUUGCAAUAUAUAGAUGCAAGGAUGUGUAUGGCUUUGACUCCUCAUUCAUCAGAAGUAUUACUGAGCCAGGCAUUUCAGGAGGUUGAGUACAUAGACAUAGUUGUUCCAAGGACAAAAAUUCCAAGUUGGUUUGAUCAUUGUAAUAAAGGAGAGUCUAUCUCCUUUUGGAUUCGUAAAAGUUUCCCCGCAAUUGCUCUACUUUUUCUUUUAAGUGGAGAUGAUGAAAGGAAAACCAAUUAUUCAUGUGAAUUUUGCAUACUAAUCAAUGGCCUACAAAUAUUCCAAGGAAAAAGUGAGUGGCCCGUUGGUCAUGUAUGGCUUUUUGAUUUGAGAAUUCACCUCACCGCAAGCGAGUGGCAUGGCUUCAAUGAACAUAUAACAUCUGGUUGGAAUCGGGUGGAGAUUUCAUGUUCAGUCAUUGAUGAGUCAAAAAGUGUGACUAUUAAAUGUUGUGGAAUUCAUCUAUACAAAGAUAGGAUGAAUAUCGACCAUGUCUCCUUCAUAAGUCCUGAUCUUCAUGGCUCAAAUAUGGUCCGUGAAAAUGAUAAUUUGGAUAUCUAUGAUGAAGUAAGUGAAGAUGUUGUUUUUACUUCAAUAUUAGCUGAAUAUUCCAACAAGACUAUAUUAGAAAUCAUGACUGAUCUUCAAUCCAACAAGAGAAAAGAUGACAAUCGAUAUGAUUAUGAUGAGGAGUUGGAACCAGACAGUGACAUUGACAGCCAGUACAUGGAAGAGGAACAAGAUUCAGCUUCCCUUAAUCGUCAAAUCCAAGAAAUAUUUGAACUUGUGAAUAAAGACAAAGGAAAAGAGACCAAUUCAAGUAAAAUCUUACAUGAUCCUUCAACUGAAACACAUGAAGAAUUCCUUGUGAAAAGUGUCCAUAACAAUGAGCCAACACUUGCACAAAAAUCAAAGUUGAAUGAGAUUGAAAAUUUUGCACCAGAAUCAAGCACCGUUGCAUCAACAAGCAGAGACAAGGGAACACAAUUAGUUGAUAAAAUCACUUUUGUUGAACAAAUCAAUGUUGAUUCAAUAAAUAGUAAAAACCUUACCCUAAAUGCAGAAUCCUACAUAAACAUUGUUGAGUCUACCACAAAUGAAGACAACAUGGAAUCAUUUUAUGCUUCACUUGAAGCAGAAACAAAUUCUCCUUUACAUGUUCAAUACAACCAACCCAACAAUGAAACUGUGAGAAUUAGACCUAGUGAAGAAACUGUGAAAACAUUGCAAAUUCUAGAAGACCUUGUCACAAAAAAAUUCUCUCUUUUGUUGCAUCCAGGACGCUCGGGAUUGAUGAAAGAUAUUCUAAAAUAUCUCCUCACUUUAACGCCAGACGAAGGAUUGUCCCUAAAAACAAAAUCAGUAAUACUGCAACUUUCACAUAGUUUUGCUCAGUGGAGUUUGGAUUACAACAAUGCAAUCCUUAAACUUGAGUCAGCAACUAUAAAUUUAACAAAAGCCGAAAAAGUGAAGGAUUAUCUUGAAGCUAAUGUUAAAGACUUCAGAGAAAUGGACAUGGUGGAGAAAUGUUUGUCAAAUCAGUUAGCUAGCUUGCAGGAAGAGAAGAGAGAACUUGAAGAGAAAAUCAAUGCCAUAAAAUCUGAGAUUGCAGAUUUUAGAGCACAGAGAGAAAUGGUUGAAAAGAGAAAGACAGAAUUGUUUUGUAAAGGAAAAGAGAUGAGAGUCGAAAGGGAUGAUUUGAGGAAUCAAGUUCCAAGAUUAAAAGCUGAGAAGGAAUUGGCAAAGAUAACACAAGAUAAUAUUGAAGAAGAGUGGUCAAAGCUUGGAGAACAAUUCAUUGGAAGCACCAAUUUUGAAGAGUGGAGAACAUAAUAUAAGCUAUAUAAAGAAAAAUUUCCUUUUCAUUCUCCUCUAAACCAUCAAAACUUAUUCCAAGUAUAUCCUGAACUUUCCUAUUAGGAGUUCUCUUGUAUUUAUCCAAUGCAGAUUCCCACUGAUGAAUACUUCUACCGCACAAAUCAGAACCUGAAAUAGUCAAAGCCAAUGUGAGACCUUCUGUGUAACAAACAGCGCGGUUCGAAAUAUCCAAAUAAGUAUCCUUAGGUUCCAUUCUUUUAAAUGCAUUCCAGCUAAAUAACUGAAGAGAUUCGAUAUGAUUCAACUUUUUCCAUUCCUUUCUCUCCAAGUAUCUCAAACAGAAGUCUCUCUUGGAGUUUGACUAGGCCAACCCUAUGACUUGCAUUUUCUCUAACAUUUGCAAGAAAACUCGCAUAUCGAAAUUGACUAUAUAUUGUGUUGUAUACAGCUUUAGCAAUGGUUUUUUUUUUUUUUUUUGAAGAAGCUAAAUUCUCGAAUCCUUAAUCCUUCAUCAUCUAUGAAAGUGUUGAUUCCCCAUUGAUCAAGAGCAUUGUAAAGAUGUCCGGUAAAAGUUUUCGCGUGUAUCUUCGACUCUAAAGCUUAAGAAAACAUGGUAAACAUAUCCUUGGUUGAAAGAAGAUGAGGAAGCAGCCAUGUGGUGUUUGUCAGUUUAUCUCAGAUCAAUGUUAUCAAUCACAGAUUGCAAAAAAUAACGAUUUGUUCAAAUUCUGUUAGUCCAUAUAUGAUAACACCGGCUUAGAAUCAAUUCUGAAUUUCUUAUA